GGCUGAGCGAAGGGUGGGGGCUGCGCAUGCUCAUCUACAGAAGCGCCGCUUGGCCUUUGGACUAACCUAUCUGUCGCGCUAACGGGCCGGCGUCGCCGCCAGGGGACGCUCGGGCAGCAGGGUGGUCGCUGGGUGGUGAGCUGGCGCCGGGGACGCCGAGCGACUGCGGGGCUUCUGUCAGCGUCCUGCUAUGCGGCUGCCCGCCUCGCUCCCUGGUAGUGUCCGUGGACGCGCAGGCCUUGAAGAACCUCCUCGCGGCGGGCCCCCGAGGUAACUUCUGAGGCAGAUAAUGGCGCCUGGACUGCGGUGGCGCUUGCCCUGCCGCCUGGCGGCUUUCUGCAGGGCCAGGGUAUACUUGUUUUUCUGUAAACCAACUCUUCCUUAGCGCAGGAGAGGUGUGAAAGCGCCGACGCGUCUCCAGAGCCCCGGGAGGAAGGCUGUAACGGCAGCCCCAUCGUAGACAGGGACAUUCGCAUCCCGAGCCCUGGAUCUCUGAAAAGCAGACCAGAAUUUGGAAGCUGGACGGAACCUUAGAUCGUCCAUUCUGGGUGUCUCUCUUCGCUGGCGUUUUCCCACGAGAGGAACCUACAAGUGUCAAGGAAAAAAGGACAGCUAACCACAGGGCAGGCCACGGGCAAGAUAUCUCAGUGUUCUCCGCUCUCAGGUCAGGUCAUGAUCCCCAGGGGACCUGGAGGACUGAAUGAUGCUGCCCCCGAGGAGGCUGCUGUCUUGUCUUAGGAGGGAGAGCAGGAAAAUAAAAAGGUUCAAAAGGAAAUUGCUGGGUAUCCAUCUGAGGCCUCUGAGGACAGCAAAGAGCAUAAGGCCCUGGGACUGGUUCCCCGUGCUCAUGACAGAGCUCUGCCUGGACUGGCUCUCAGCUUCCAACACCCUCAAGACUCAGAACUGUGAAGAAAAAGUUUCCAAUAAUUCCAAGAGUUGCUGCUGCUAUAGGCCCUGCUGCUGCCUUUUGGGGCCUCCGUCUUCAGAGAAACCCAGUGUGGCUUCAUCCACAUUCCCUGUCCCCACAGCUGCAGGAACAGCACUUCCUGCCACCGAGCCAUGUCACCACAAUGGAUUGUCUCUGGAAGGGACAAGGGGGCCCUGGCCGGCCUUCCGACUGACUUGGUGCCAGGGGAUGGACCAACGUCCCUCUUGUGCUGACAGCCGGGCUGCACCCUGGCAAGAGGGCAUUUACAGAAAUGCUGGCGGGAACCGCUGCCAGGGAUGCUGUAGGGUCCUCUGGCAAAAGAGGUCUCAGGUGGCUUCUCAGAGUGUCUGUGGUUCUCUAUCCCAGGCUGUUCCCUAAGAGGGUCUGCCCAGGACUCAGGUAAGCAGAUGCUCAUUAGAAACUCUUGGGCACUGCCUGUGUGCCCAGCCCAGCCCAUUGUGUCGGCGAGGACAGCGGCCCCUGCCUUUGGUGGGCUCCAGGCCAGCAAGGGCUACAGCCCCAGAAGGCAGAGCAGGAAGACAGGACUCGGGGCAGCUGAAGCAGCCUUCUCAUUGGCAGAAGGGAAACAGAA